AUGGAGACGUUGCCGACGUACGAAACGCUCGAGCGCGACGUAGAGGAUUACGCGCGCGUCAAGAGAGACGUCGAGCGGUUGCUCGAGUUGGUGUUGUUCGAGCGACCGGCGCGACGCCGAGCGACGAGCGAGGCGCGAGAGGCGUCGACGAGCGGACGAGAGACGCGUGAACAAAAGGUCAACACGCCUCCGGUGAAGAGCGGACCGAACAGGGGUGGGAAUCGGGAGCUGAAGGAUUUGUUCAAGACGUACUCGACGACGGCGAGCGGGACGCGAAACGCGAACGGAAAGGCGAACGGGAAAGCGAUCGCGCGCGCGGAGGUGGAGUGGCACGUGAAUUCUUUACAUAGGAGAUUUAAUCGCGCGCUGAGCGCGCUGUUGGAUGAUUUGGCGUCGCACGAGGAUGCGACACCGUUUUUAAUCGCCGUCGACGAAAAACUCGUGCCGGAUUAUUACUCGGUGAUUGAGCGGCCGAUGGCGGUGGUGACGAUGCGAGAGAAGCUGAUGCGGGGGGAGUAUUUGAGUAAGGAUAUGUUUCUAGAAGAUCUAAGGUUGAUUGAAUCCAACGCGGUGGUGUACAACGGGAGUGAUUCGGUCUUUGCGAAGAUGGCUCGAGCCGUCGUGGGUCGGGGCGAGGAGUUGCUCUCGCACAUGCCGCGAGUGGACUUCGUAACGUGCGUUCGAGCGGCCGAGUACGCAGAGAAGCUUGUGAAUGAACCGAUGUUGGACACGUCGAACGAUAUGGAUAUGGAUGACGAUGACGAAGAUGACGACGCGGAGACCAAGGCGUGGCGAGAGCGCACGCUCGCCAAGCGCGUUCGCCGAGUGUUUCGCGCCGAGGCGCUCGCCGGUCUACCGAUCGGACAGCGACGCGCUCUGCCGAGACGAAGCGCACUCGGAAUGGACGCAUUUAUGCGAUCAUCGGAUGAUCACUCGAAGUGCUGGCCCGAGGCCGACGAUGCGAAUCGCGCGCGGCGUCCCGAGGAUGACGAUUUCGUCGCCGACGCCGUGCCGACCGUUCCUCGGUACGCGGCGUGUGCCUCCGUCGCUCGCAUCGAAGACAUUCGUGCCGACUUAAGCGUCGUCGCCCUCAAGAUUGCGCUCGAUGAUCGCCGCCCGAUCCCGGGCGUCGGCACGAGAUCGAUCACGAACGUCGCCGCGCGGGCGCUCGAAGAGCUCGCGCACGAGUGCGUCUCGCGCGUCGCCCGCGCCGUCGCUGAUCGUCCUCACAAGCGACCUCGAGACGAUCACGACGAUCGAAACCUCUUCCUCAGGUGUUGGGUCGCCGUUCCCGACCCCAUGUCGACGAUAUCUCCGUGUGAGGACGUGGACGACGUCGUCGAGGAUGACUUUCGAUGCAAAGUCGCCCGCGCGCUGCGCGCGUCAACCGCCUUCGCGGCGAACGCGGCACUCGGCGGCGCUCGUCGAAAAUCCUAG